GACAGAAGAAUAGUUCUUCUCAAAGCAUGGCGAGAAACUCACUACCGCCUCUACUGCUCUUUGGAUUGAGUUUGGUCCCAGCUUCGUUUUUCCAGUCUCAGACUGUGGUGGUACUUAGGGGGGAGUCCGUCACCUUGCUGUGCUCCAAUAUUUCAACGGUUGUGGGACAUGUAGCCUGGUUUAAACAAGUCAACAGAUCAGAGCCUGUGUGUAUCUCGACUAUGUACGGCACUCAUCCAUCAACAGUUGAUUAUUACUUAGAAAAUAGACAUUUUGAAAUGUACAGCAACAACACCACCAUCUUCCUUAAAAUCUAUAAGGUGGAUAUAGCUGAUAGUGGCUUGUAUUUCUGUGGGUUUUUUACAAAUACUAAAUUCAUGGUAUUUGUCAGUGCAACAUUUUUAAAUGUUCAAGGGUCCAAGUUAAGUGAGGAAAAAGAAGAGACCGUAAAGAAAAGACAGUGUAAUGGAACUACCAGUCUUGUUGGAGAGUGUAAUGGAACUACCAGUCUUGUUGGAGAGUGUAAUGGAACUACCAGUCUUGUUGGAGAGUGUAAUGGAACUACCAGUCUUGUUGGAGUGCGUAAUGGAACUACCAGUCUUGUUGGAGAGUGUAAUGGAUCUAUGGACUUGUUCCCAUUGGUUGUGAUCCUGGGUGGUGUGACUGCUGUACUCCUGAUAGUCAUUAUCAUCCUGUUGCUCAAGAUCCGACGAGAAACAAAAACAGAUAAUGAGACUCAAUUGCAGAGGCAAAAUAGCCAGGACGUGGAUGAGGACACAGAUCUUAACUAUGCAGCACUAAAUUUUAGUCAGAAGACACCAAGAAAGCCAAGUCAGCUGAAUAUGAUGGAGGACGAUUCUCAUGCUGUUUACACUUCCAUUAGAUAAUACCACAUGUUUUAAUGUUGAUAUUGAUUGUUGAUGUUGCUGAGUACAAAUCCAUGUAGCAUUGAUUGUUGAUGUUGCUGGGCUCUGUCCUCCUAUUUUAAUUAGUAAACAAAGAAAAAAAGGGCCAAUUUUGGAACUUCUAAGCCACAUUGGCCACAUUUUCUUCAUAUAUGACUCUGGUUUUAAGGCAUCCUGAGGUUGAACAUGAAGAUGUUUUUGCCUUCUGAAUUCAAAGAACAAAUGAAACAACGAUACCUAUAACGUUUUGUAAAUUACAUUACAUUAAAACAAACUUGGAGCACUUUUGGACCAACGUUACAGUACUUAUAAUAAAAAGACAUUGUUUGUAAA